AUGUUCAAAGGGCAGAUAGGUCGCAACAUGGAGGUGUAUGUUGAUGACAUGCUGGUAAAAAGUAGGAAAGUAGAGGACCAUGUGGCAAACUUGCGUGAGACUUUAGCCACAUUGUGGCAGUUCGGCAUGACACUCAACCUGGCCAAGUGCAAGUUCGGGGUAAGGUUGGGAAAAUUUCUGGGUUACCUGGUGACGGAGAGGGGCAUAGAAGUCAACUCAGAAAAUGUGCGAGCGGUCAUGGAGAUGCAGACACCAAGGAGCUUGUGGGAGGUGCAAAUCCACACCGGGCACCUAGCAGGGUUGAGUAGGUUCAUAGCUCAAUCUGCACAAAAAAGCUUUCCAUUCUUUAAGGACCUGAAGAAGGGAUCUCAUUUUGAAUGGACGUCGCAGGCUCAACAUGCAUUUGAGAGGUUAAAAGAGUUUCUAGCCGAGCUCCCCUUACUUACAAAACUGGAGCCAGGCGAUAUAUUAGUCAUUUAUCUACCGGUAGGGCACGAAGCCAUUAGUUCAGUGCUGAUAAAGGAGGAGCAAAGGCAACAGAAGCCAAUAUAUUAUGCUAGUCAGAUAUUGCAAGGCACCAAACGCCAGUAUUCAGAUGUGGAGAAGGCCGCCUUCGCGCUCAUCUCUACUACUCGGAAGUUGCGCCCCUACUUUCUGGCGCAUAAGGUAAUGGCGCAGACCAAUUACCCACUUAAGAACACUUUGGGUCGUGGCUCCGCCUCUGGGAGGAUGGUGAAGUGGGCAGUUGAGCUAGGCGAGUACAAUGUGCAUUUCGAGGAGUGCACGGUGGGAGUUGUGGUUCGACCAUGGAUAGUGUAUAUCGACGGCUCGUCGGAAAUAGGAGAAGCGGGUCUCGGCAUCUUAGUGGUCACAACAGAAAAAGAUCACUUAGAGUAUGCGGUUAAGCUGUCCUUUAGAGUGUCAAACAAUGAGGCGCAGUACGAUGCUUUUAUCAAAGGAAUUCAGCUCGUCUUGAAGGAAGGAGCUCGGCAGGGCCGACCCACUUUUGAAAAUGGUCACGUCACUUGUUUGUUACCGAUCACGCUGAUGGAUAUGACUAGGAGCACCUUAGACCUGGUGCUGGAGGUUGAAGAGCAAAGGGAUUGGAGGUCGUCCUUAAUACAAUGGUUGCAAGAGCCUGUCGCGGGAAAGGAUAUCAGGGACGACCCGAUGAAGGCGAUGGCACAGGAUCUUGUGCGCAAAUGUAAGAAGUGUCAGCAGCAUGGUCCAUUGAUCCAUCGGUCGGCGGAAAACAUGGUUCCAAUCAGCUGGCCCGUGCCUUUUACUCAGUGA